UAAACUUCCGGUUUUCCAAAAUAGAAUUUGAUGAGUCAAAAAUCACCUGCAAAACUUCAUUAUUCGUCUCAAAUCGUGAUCUAUUGGUAGUGGCAUCAAGAUGCCGUUAUUUGGGAAGAAACCGACAGUUCAGGAACAACUUAAGCAAAAUGACAGAGAGAUGCGAAAGACGGACCGUGAUCUGGCGCGGGACCGAAAUCAGCUAGAGAAACAAGAAAAACAACUUCAAAUGGACAUAAAAUCAGCAGCUAAAAGAGGUGAUCAAGCGACUGCAAGAGUGUUAGCCAAACAGUUGGUGAAUCUUAGGAAACAGAAGAAUAAAUCAUAUUGUGUUGGGUCAAAAAUAAAAUCAAUAAACGCACAAAGCAAGAUGAUGGCUUCCAAUAUGAAAAUGGCUGAUGCGAUGGGUAAAACUACAAAAACCAUGCAGCAGAUGAAUAAAGUUAUGGAUCCAGAAAAGACGAUGAAAGUUUUACAAGACUUUGAGAAAGAAUCUAUGAAAAUGGAAAUGAGUGAAGAUAUGAUGAAUGAUACGUUUGAUGACUUGUUUGAAGAAUCCGGAGAUGAGGCAGAGCAGGACGCCAUUGUAAACCAGGUGCUGGAUGAGAUUGGCCUGGAUAUCUCAGGAAGGCUUGCUGAUGCACCAGUUGCUCGGGGGCGGGUUGGGGAAUCAUCAAAAACAAGCGAUGCAGACGCCGACUUAGAAAGACAACUGGCGGAACUGAAAGCAUUGUAGUUGUAACUUCUGCCACUGAUGUACAUAAAAUGUGAAAUGUUAUACAUUGUUAUAAAAAGACGAAUCUACUGUCCCCCUGUACAGGAAAGGUAUUUUGGCUUACUUGUUGGUUCAGUGGCAUGGGUUUAAUGGUUUGGGCAAGAGUCUCAAGAUAAUGCUGUACCAAAACCAAGCAAUACUUUCUCAACUUGUGGGUAAGCUUUUACUUGUAUCAUUAGUUUCAAGUAAAUUAAAUGAACCUUGUCAAGCGGGAAACCAUGCGGCAGACAACACAAAUUACCACUUGCUGUAGUUACUAUCUUUUGUCAGCGAAUUUCAGACUUUAAAACAUCUAGCAAACAGAUGUUGUCUUUUUGGAGAUUUGGGUAUGAGGGAAGUGUUGAUAUUUGACUUAAAAAGUAGUUGUGCAAUAAUGUGGUCUGAACAUGUAACUGUUUCACAUAGCUGCCCUGAACUGCCAUAAUUGAGCAGGAUGGAUUGCAGCUGGAUGAUUAUUUGAAAGACUGUGUAGAUUAGCAAUUUCAGAUUUAUAAUGUGAGGGGCCUACUUACCUAUUACAUUUGUAUCAAAUGUUACUCUGAACUGUCUAGGUACCUGGAAGAUAUGCUAUCCCAAGUUAUUUUUAUAUCAGCUGAUCAUGGUAUCAACAUCUGAGACACAUGGUGAACAUGUUGUAUAUUUUGACAGUUGUUAUGCCUUUCAUCUCAUACCAGUUCAAAAUCUGUAAAUAAAGUUUAAAUACAACAUCUGUCAAUCAAAA